AUGAAGGAUUCUAACUGUUUAAAUCUCUUAUCACAGGUAAGCAACCUGAAGAAAAUCCUUCAGAGCAUGUUGGAAUAUUAUCAUGAUGUUCUGGGUCACCAGAUUUCGGAGUAUAAUCUGCCAGAGGUCAAUCUGAUAGGAGAGCACUCUGAUGCAGCAGAGCUUGGGCGAAUGUUGCAGCUUGUACUUGGCUGUGCUGUCAGUUGUGAGAAGAAACAAGAAUAUAUCCAGCAUAUCAUGACUCUGGAGGAGUCUGUUCAACACGUUGUCAUGACAGCCAUUCAGGAGCUAUUGACCAGAGACCCGUGUGAAUCUGUGCAUAGCAGCAGCUGUGGUGACUUGGAUUACCAGUUGAAGAGAUUCACUUUGUGUGAUGAGGUGGAAUCGAAGGAUGAGCUCUCUCAGCGUUGUCAUGAACUGGAUCUCCAGGUCACAAGUCUUCUGGAUGAGAAGAGCAGCUUGAUGGCUGAGAACAAAGUGCUGCGUGAACGGAUGGCCCGCUCUGAUUCCUUCGAGGAAUCCACCAGUGUCACCAACAAAAAACUCCUUUUGAUGCAGAGUCAACUGGAGCAGUUACAGGAGGAAAACUUCAGGUUGGAAGGAAUGAAGGAUGAUUUUCGUAUUCGAUGUGAGCAGAUGGAGAAGGAGAUGUAUGAUCUGCAGCGCAGGAAUGAUGAGCUCACCAGCCUGGCUGAGGAAUCACAGUCUCUCAAAGAUGAAAUGGAUGUUUUGAGGCAUUCUUCAGACAAAGUCAGUAAGCUGGAGGCUACUGUGGAGGCUUACAAGAGGAAGCUUGAGGAUUUGGGAGACCUGCGUCGACAAGUCAAACUCCUGGAGGAGAGGAACACUGUGUACAUGCAAAAGACCUUUGACCUAGAGGAAGAGUUGAAAAAAGCAAACUCAGUACGUAGUCAGCUGGAAACUUACAAGAGACAGGUUCAUGAACUUCACAACAAACAGAUAGAAGAGUCAAUGAAAACAGAGAAGUGGCAGUUUGAGUUCAAGCACUUACAGGAAAAACAUGAUGCACUGCUGAAAGAGAAAGAGCGGUUAAUAGUAGAACGAGAUGCCCUCAGGGAAACCAAUGAAGAGCUGAGGUGUGCACAAGUGCAGCAAAAGUUCCUGAACAAAGCAGACACAGCCCUUGAUCAAGAUGUGUCAGUAGGGAACCUUGCAGCCGAGAUGGUUCCUGCAGUGCUCCAGGAAAAGAUCAUUCAGCUGCAACGGGAGAAUAAGAUGCUACGUGUACAACAAGAGGAGACAUACAACAACCGGUUAACGGAGUUCCAGAGUAUGCUGGAUGAUGCCAACAGGAACAAACACAAACUGGAGAAUGAAAACAGGUUGAAUCAACAGCAGAUCACUGAGUUACGGUCACAAGUCGAUCAACUCCAAAGGGCUCUACAGGAGCAAGGAAGUAAGGCUGAAGAUGCCAUUUCUAAUCUUCUGAAACGGAAGCUGGAUGAACACUUAGAGAAGCUUCAUGAAGCCCACACAGAACUACAGAAAAAGAGAGAGUACAUUGAUGACUUAGAGCCUACUGUUGACAGCCACACAGCCCGAAAAAUUGACGAACUUCAGGAAGUAUUGAAGAAGAAAGAUGAAGACAUGAAGGCCAUGGAGGAAAGAUACAAGAGGUAUCUAGAGAAGGCAAGAACGGUGAUUCAAACCCUCGACCCAAAACAAACUCCAACAACUGCUCCUGAGGUCCAAGCCCUGAGAAACCAGCUGCAUGAGAAAGAGGCUAAGAUUCAACUGUUAGAGAAUGACUUCGAAAAAAACAAGUCCCAAAGAGACCAAGAAGAGAAAUUGAUCAUCAGUGCCUGGUACAAUAUGGGCAUGGCUCUUCACCAAAAGGUAACAGAGGAAAGGUCUCGGGGCCACGGUCAAGCACAGUCGUUCCUGGCCCAGCAGAGACAGGCGACUAAUGCACGUCGGGUACAUCCGAACCGGCUGCACCAAUCCGUGACGAGAUAACCUGCUGAUCCUGCCCUGCGGGCUUCAAGAGCAAUUACAGUACCUCAACACCACUACAGCCCAAAAAAAACAAGGAACAACUGUCCUUGCCAAAUGGUUAUCUCAUAUUUAUUUUCUCCCUUGAGGUUUUUAAGUUAUCUGGUAGGAACUUUUUUUUAAAAUAUGUUGCCAUCUUCUCUUUCUUAGCAUUUUAAAAAUUAAUUGCAAGUUUUUGGUUUGACAUUAGGACCUGUUCGUAUAACUAUACCAAAUGUCAAUGAUCUCUUUUUGGGGAGAACUACUAAAGGGAUACGAGGCUGACCAUGCAAAAGAAUCUGAUGGAGUGCAGAUCCAUCCAUUACCCAGGGUUUGGGUAAUGAUUUGCUCUCUAAGCUGAGUUCUUUUAUUUCCUUUGUGUGACUGUUCUUAGUCGCUUUUAGUUUUCUCUCCCUUUCUUUUACCACCAUACCUCCCCUUUAUCCCCGUUCCCUUCAGCUCUCCCUGCUCAAACAGAUUGUUUCAGUUUUAAAUCAAGGCAAAUCAAAGUUGACCAGAAGCUAUGGAGGUACUGUUUGCAAGUGGAGGUUAGCCUAUGUGAUCCUCCCUCUGUGAUAACACUAAUACUAGUCUGACAAUAAGUUCUUGCAUUAUUUUUUUUAAGAGCUGUCCUUCAAAUCGGGGUGUACUUUGGGACAAGUGUCCUGAAUCCUAUUUAGUUAUGAUACAGAAGUAGUUGUAGAUUGGACUGACAAUACUAGGCUGCUGCAUUUUGGAACAUUACUGGCACGAUUUAUACCCAAGGUACUUGCACUUUAUUAACUGGUAGCUAAUUGAUUCUGAUUUAAUUUGAAUGGUGGCAAGCAAGCUCAAGCUUGCGUUGAAGUGGAAGGGUUUAUUUUGUCCAUCCCAAUGAAGGUAGUGGGACAUGGAUCCCCUGCGAUUGAUGCAGUGUUCUCUGUUUCCUAUUGCUGGAAAAUCUCAACACAGUUUUAGGUUUUGUUUUCUCUGUUUCUGGAUAAUUUAGGACAGCUGAAUUUUACUCAGUUUAUGGCUAAUUAAAUUUUAUGAUUUUCUUGCUGAUGUGAUGAUUGAUCUUCAGCACUUUGGGAGUAGGCCUGUGAAAGUGGUCAGAAAUCAUUAGAUAAACUGAAUUCUUCCUGAAGAAAAUACUUCAGUGUAUAUUUAAAUUGAAUGGAAUGUGUAGCUGUACUCAACACAGCAUAGAAAGGUAUUAUGGAGUCUAGAUUCUAUAAUUUGUCCUACAUUUUGUUAAUUUAAAUAAAGUUUGUGUCCUUUA